AUGGCUCAGAACGUUCUGCUGGAGACAUCUAUGGGCGCAAUCGUGGUCGAGCUGUACACCGAUCAUGCGCCCAAGACAUGCCAAAACUUUUCCACUCUCGCGUCCAGGAGCUACUAUAAUGGCACCAUCUUCCAUAGGAUCAUUCCCGACUUCAUGAUUCAAGGUGGAGAUCCAACCGGAACUGGUCGCGGUGGUGCAUCCAUCUAUGGCAACAAGUUUGAGGAUGAGAUUCGAAGCGACCUCAAGCAUACUGGAGCUGGCAUUCUGAGCAUGGCGAACAGCGGGCCCAACACCAACGGAUCACAGUUCUUCAUAACUCUUGCGCCAACACCAUGGCUGGACGGCAAGCACACAAUCUUCGGAAGAGUGAAGAGCGGCAUGAGGGUGGUGCAACGAAUGGGGCUAGUAAGAACGGGCGCUGAAGACCGACCAGAAGAGGAAGUCAAGAUCGUCAGUGCCAGGAUCCUACAGGCAGAAGAUGGAGCCUAA